AUGCAGACGUAUUGUAUUACAUAUUUUAUUCAGUCCAGUUUUGUCUAUCAGCCAUUAACUUUAUGGCCCAGUUACACUCCCAUCCCAUCACUUGACUAAAAUUGAGCAAGAGUAGUUUUACAUAUUUAACAAUCUUAUCCAAAUUGUUAUCCCCUUAAUAAAUAAUUAUUUAAGCUAAAUAACAUUUAAAAAAAUUAAAAUGCCACUUCCUAAGGCGUAUAACUCUUGUUACUUCUGCUCCAAAACGUGGUCAAGAGAAACACCGUCCAUAUUUCAAUUAAGUACCCAUAUGCGACUCCACACUAAAGAAAAUCCGUUCAAAUGCCCAUUUUCGCCUUGUAAGAACUCGUUUAAAACAUAUAAAAAACUCGUUGCCCACCGAUCUCAGCAUGAGAAUAGUGGUCAAAAACCCUGGAAAUGUGACAAGUGUGGGGUUUCUUUUAAAACUAAGAGCACCUUAACAGGUCACGUGCUCGACGUACACACGACCGAAAGACCCUUCAAGUGCUCCCUUUGUUCCUCCUCGUACAAGCGGAUAGGCCAGUUAAACCUGCACCUCAAGGAUCACGACCCCUUCAACCGAUACCCUUGUCCAAAGUGUAACGUCAAGUUGAAAACCGAAAGAUGUUUGAAACUACAUCUCGAAAAGGUUCACGGGAGGCGGGAUUGGAAGUGUUACUUUUGCAAGAAAAGUUUCACUCGUGUCGGACUAAUUGAUCACAUCAGGAUUCACACGGACGAAGCUGUUUUCAAUUGUCGCACGUGCUCCGACACAUUUUUGCAUUAUUCGAGUCGAGCGCAGAAAACGGACCUACUCCCACCCUGCUACCGGGCGAAGGAGUGCCCAUUCUGCCACCGACUGUGUAAAGAUACCCACGCCCUGGCCGUCCAUACCAGAAUUCACACAGGAGAAAAACCCUACACCUGUCCAAGAGAAGAUUGUGGAAAACAAUUCUCCACUUCCAGUAGUCUUAAAUCUCACGCGAAAUACCACAUUAAUUACUCUGAUGGCGAGUUUAAGUGUACAUUUUGUCCGAAAACCUUCAAAACCCAACGCAGUGCCAAGUAUCACGAAAGCAAUGUCCAUAUGGAGACUUGGAAAAGACCGAAAAAGUGUGCAUCAUGCCCCAAAGUUUAUCCGAGCCAUUCUACCCUCGCCCGGCAUCAGCUCAUCCAUUUGAAAGAACCCCCCUUCAAAUGUUCCCAAUGUCCAAGGGGAUUCUUUUAUCAGACUGAAUAUUCGAAGCACAUGAAAAAUGUGCAUAACCUGGAAAAAAUUAAAACAGAACCACGAAAACCAAGAAAAUAUUUUGCCUGCAAAAUUUGCUCAAAAAACUUUCCCAACUUUGGAACGUUCCUCAACCACCAGGAAUUACAUCGAGAUCCGACCCACAAAUGUGCAAAAUGUCCCCGGAAAUUUCACAAUGUUUACUCCCUCAGAAACCACGACAGAACUGAACAUAAUGGUCCCAGAUACAAAUGUUACUUUUGUAUCAAACUUCCCCGGUGUUUUGAAUCCCACGCGACACUGCGAGAUCAUAUCAUUCGCCACACCCAGGAGCAGGAAUUCUUUAAAUUGCGAAACUUGAAGCAUCACGUGGAGAUUUGCGGCCGUAGCUUGGACACAAAGUCGGAACUAUUUCCCUGUGAAAAAUGCACUGAAAAGUUUUUCUACUCGAAACACCAACUGUACAGCCUACCUACAAGGUUCAUUGGAAAACCUGGAGAAAAAAGACGUGUCCCUUCUGUGGAUUAGUGGUACGGGACACGUAUUCUUUAGCCAUGCAUUUGAGAACCCACACUGGAGAGAGACCCCACACCUGUGAAAUUAGUGGGCAAGGAUUUAACCAGAAAGGAACCUACACCACACACCUACGUCGACACGAAGACAGGAAAAAGGGAGUAAAAUUCGCGUGUAAAUUUUGCAACAAGCUGUACAUUUCAAGGGACACGUUGGCUGGACAUGUGAGAAGAUUCUAUUCGGGAAAAGGAGAAAAUUGGCAGUGCUAUUUUUGUCACGAGUCUCUCACCCGGAAAGAAUCCUUAUUGUAUCAUAUGAGAGUAAAACACACUUUGGAGAAAGUGGUUUUAUGCGAGGAGUGUCCCACGAAGAGAUUUCUUAGCACGACAGGAUUGCAUUAUCAUCGUCUCAAGAGCCAUCCACAUUUGUGCUUCCAAUGCCCAAAGUGUCCCAAAGUGUGCAAAUCAAAGGCAGAAGCUUCAAGCCAUUCUUUAUAUGCUCAUAAAAUCAAAAUGAAUUAGACAAUCGAAAUUAUGCACAUUUUUAUUUGCAUGUUAUUAUUAAUGGAUGAAAAAUACUUAUGCAUAUUUAUAUAGAUAUGAAUUUAGUUUUAGAUUGAAAAGCGUUAAUAAAUAUUAUCUGUUUACAUA